AAACAUGCGGAAGACGGCGAUUCGAAAGAACAAUUCGAUCCUGUAGAAAAGAAUUUGGAAAAAGCUAAUGAAAAGUGGAAGAAAAAAGUUAGAGUAUUUUUAGGCGAACCGGGGAUGAUUUUCGCUGUAGCAACUUCAGCGCAAAAACGGCUACUCCGUGAACUGGUUACGCCUUACUAUUAUAUUACCGCUCUUAGG